CGUGGCGAAAAAGCGAACUAAUUGCUUUCUUUUAAGGUGGGUUUCCCUUCAACAAGUUGAUUUUCAAGGGGGCCUGCGAUAAAAAAACAUUAAUUACAAUAUGAUUUUAAAAAGGAAACAGCUAUUAAUCAAAUAAUCUCUAAAAUCUUAUUUACAGUAUUUAAAACUUUGUGAAGAAUAAAACGAAAUAUGAAAAUAUGAAAAACGAAAGCAAAAUCAGCAUUUCUCUAAAUAGUUUUCUUGAAACUAUACAGAAAGGUUGCUUGCUUUGACUCGGCUGACAGGCUAUUCCCAGGGACGCCUGCACAAGAUUAGGGCAGGUGGGGCAGUGUUGGUGCCAAGGGCAAAUCGUUGAAUUUUUCUAUUAACAUAAUCGAGCAUUCCUAGGUGGGAGGGGGCGAGGCUGGGGUAACAUGAUAAAAUAUUAACUAGAAUAUGUGCCACCCAUACAGUUGGGGUUUUUACCAUCAAAGAUUCUAAACAUAAAGAAAAUGUUGACGAAAUUAUCCAUGAAUGAAAAAGGGUAUUAAAUGGCCUUUCACUAUACACAAUGUUUGGUUUUCUAAAAAUCAUGGCUGUUAUAAAUAGGCUGGAUGUAAAAUUUUGAUUGCCCGCCAAGUUUUUAUACCGAUUUAUUCUCCUUAGGUUUCUGGAGUACUUCGGAGGGAACACGUCUUUUGUUUAUCAUCUAUUACCUUUGCCGUUCUCCCCCUUGUGGCCGACCUUGUCACAGACAAACUUUUCAUUCUUUGCAUUUUUGAGCUGGUGUUAUCUUCUUUCUAGUAUUUUCUAAUAGAUAUUAACAUAACGAGAGUAGUGAAAGUGGUCAUCAUAUUUCAGGGCACUUUUUGCCCCCUCUGCCCCUCUUCGAAGAGGGCAGGAGGGGCAGCUGCCCCUCUAGCCCCGCUUGUGUAGGCGCCCCUGGCUAUUCCAUAGUUUAGCACCUUUAUAAGAGAAUCUUUUCUGGCCAUUGGAUUGUUAAUCUUUUAGCACCUUUUAAUUGUUAAUCUGUAAUAUGGCGAGUAUUACGAAGGCUAUAUGGUGGGCAAAACUAAUUUUGGGUGAAGAGGUCUUACAGGUAUUGUGGAGCUAGCUCAUUCAGGGACUUGAAGACUAUUGUCUUAGAUUCACCAGUGAUCAGUUACUCAACAGUCUUCCAACCCAGCCCAUCAAUAAAAGGUCUCAUAAGAAAAGGUAAACAUAAUUAGAAUUAGCCGUAGCUGUUGCCUUGGCCCAAAUUUAAUUCAACAUCUAUUGCUUGCAUAUUUUCAGGAAACACAUCUGCAUCCUAAAAGCCAAUUUACUCCAAAAGAUGCACCUUAUGCUGAAUUGGCAAUCUGCAGAAAAAUCAUUGCUAGAUCUGUAGAAAUACACCCAAGCUGCCACAACACUGUCAGUAUCAUCAAUUCGACAACAGUUUUCAAUCAAAGAAAAUAUUCAUCUGUCAAUGUGGAGCUACCAGUUUCUGUCAUCAAUUGGAAAACAUCUUAGAAUCUCAGAUGAUGACAUGCCAGAUGUGCAGCUUCAAAAUGGUGCAUACUUGUUCUUGGCUUCAGAGACUGGGGACAGUGUGCUGUGUGAAAAUGUUGGGCUUCAAAGGUCUGUUGGGGCUCAAGUUGAGUUACUAAACCCAAAAGAAUUGAAAACAAUGUUCCCUUGGAUAAACCCAGACGGAGUUUACUCUGCUUCAGUAGGAAAAGCAAACGAGGGUUGGUUUGAUCCAUGGUCACUAUUAAACAGUUUGAGGAGAAAGUCAAUUGCUUUGGGUGUGAAAUAUAUCAAUGCUGAUGCUGUUAAUAUAGCUAAGGGUGAUGAUGGUAUGGUUGCAGGUGCCCAUUUACAGGACCCAAGCAAUCCAGAAUUAAAAACCUACAUAUCCUGCAAUAAACUGGUAAAUGCAGCAGGGCCUUGGGCUGGAUAUCUAGUGCAAUCUAUUGGUAUUGAUUUGCCUGUCAGGCCCCGAAAGAGACAUGUUUUUACAUUUAGCUGCCCCAAAGGACCUAAAGACAUGGUGUUGGCUGUUGAUCCUUCAGGAUGCUGGUUCAGAAAAGAAGGCAAAGGAGAUCUCUAUCUUUGUGGGAAAGCCCCAGAUGAGGACAAUGACCCAGAUGCCUCUGACCUCACUGUAGAUUAUGACUAUUUUCAAGAGGAAAUAUGGCCAUGCCUUGCAGAAAGGGUUCCAGCCUUUGAGGAACUUAAGCUGCAGCACUCAUGGGCUGGCUUCUAUGACUACAAUACAUUUGAUCAAAAUGCAAUCAUUGGUGUUCACCCAGAUAUACACAAUUUGUAUUUUGUAAAUGGCUUCAGUGGACAUGGAAUUCAACAGUCACCAGCUGUUGGUAAUGCAAUCAGUGAACUUCUCAUCGAUGGCAAAUACUCUACAACAGACUUAACCAGGUUUGGUUUUGAUAGAAUUCGUGACUGUACCCCGCUGCGUGAAAAGAACAUAGUGUGAGAUAGGAUUAUUCAGAUGUUUUGUCUUGAGCCAGUUGUGGAGAGGCAAUGAAAAAAUUCUUUUUGGAGCCAGAAAGCUGAUUACCAAAGUGCCACAUGUAUAUCAACAAGAUUCUUCAGACUCCUUUCAUAAGGAGGCAAACCAUUUAAGAAGGCAGUGAAUCCCCUUUGGGUCUUUAUAUAACUUAUAAGUUGUAUUCUUUAUGCAACUUGCAAGUUGGAAGCAAAAUGCCUUCAUUUUUCCAUCUUUUAAAGAAUGCUAAUAGAUAUAAUUGGAAGUGCUUGGUGUGAUAGCCAGGGCAGAUGUAUGUUUCUACUCCAAGUUUCCAGUUUCAUGUUGGAUUGGCUGGAAAACAAUCAAAACCAGAUGUGAUGCUCUUCAUGCAACAAAUACUUUAUGAUGGCAAGCCUCCAUAGGGAAUUGGGUACUCAAAUAUAUUUAAGAUAGGUGUGCUGAGGCGUAGUAAAAACCAUCAACCCAAAAAUAAUUUCUAGAAAAAAUUUACCCAACAAGUAAUUUUUCUUGCCAUUCACUACAAAUUCUAGACCAAAAAAGUAACCUGAGCAUCCAAAUCCUAAAAAUAUAUGAGUACACCCCCUGGGGCUAGUAGCCCUUUAUACCAUUAGUGGAAUGUAGUGCUUUUGACUUACCAACUUUGUUAUUGAAUUAUUAGGAAGUUUUGCUGUCUGCUUUGUUAAUGUUUACAUGUUUCCAAGAUUCAAGUGACCCCUUCACAUUUUUAACCAGCAAACAUUGUUUAUGUGUACAAUCAUUGGAAAAGAUUACAAAAUGCUAUGAGAAGCUUCAGUUUAAGGAGUUUUGUAAAUUAUCUAAAAAAAAUUCCGGUUUAAUCUUUCCCAACCAAUAUUAAAAAUAAAUGGAAUCUGCAGUCUUGAGGCUCCAAAAUUAAAUUAUAUCUUAAAUUUGUGGUUUUAAUUAACAACAAAAGAGAUUGAAACUUGCUAGCAAUGUUUCAUAGUGAGACAAAAAAGGCAAUCAGUUGAUUUUGUAAAAAAACCAUAUGAAAAUCUAAGUUUAACAAUAAUUUACUCAGUUUAGUUAUACAAAGUCAAUAGAUUAUUACUACAUUCUAUUUUGCAUUUUAACAUGAUGAUGGAUGA